AUGACUGGCACCAAGUUUUCUCAUCCAGACCCUUAUUCUUAUCGGAUCGGCUUCGACUCGUAUCAGGAGACCGAAACCAUCCAGGGGGCGCUUCCCGAGGGACAAAACUCGCCUCAGAAGGUGAAUUACGGCCUAUACGCUGAGAAGUUAUCCGGGACAGCAUUCACGGCGCCUCGACAUGAGAACAAGCAGACAUGGUUAUACCGUAUUCUGCCAGCCGCUGCCCAUGAGGCCUUCGUUCCUGAAGACGCCUCAAACGAUCGCAUGAAGCCGGGGACAAACGAGAGCCAACUUAUAUAUACGCCCACACAGCUUCGAUGGGAUCCAUUCAAUCUUGAUAAGACAGCCGACUGGGUGCAUGGACUGCAUCUUUUAUCCAGUGCCGGUGACCCGACCACGAAGAGUGGACUGGGCAUCUUAGUCUACGCUGCCGGGAAGGAUAUGGGAAAGGAGGCCUUUUUCUCAUCCGACGGAGAUUUCUUGAUCGUCCCGCAGCAAGGAGUGUUGGAUAUUCACACCGAAUUAGGUAAGUUGGUAGUGCGGCCAGGUGAAAUAUGCGUGGUCCCUCGGGGUGUACGAUACCGUGUAACCCUUCCAGCGGGCCCUGUGCGCGGAUACGUGUGCGAGUUAUACCAAGGCCAUUACCAACUCCCCGAAUUGGGCCCUAUCGGGUCCAACGGUCUCGCUAAUGCAAGGGACUUCCAAGUCCCGGUUGCAUUCUUCGAAGAUGACGAAGGCAUACCGUCGGAGCACAAGAUCUACAGCAAAUUCAACAACAUGCUCUUCUUGACCAAACAGGACCACACGCCAUUCGAUGUGGUGGCCUGGCACGGCAACUACUAUCCCUACAAGUACGACCUCGGGAAAUUCAACACCAUGGGCACCAUCUCCUUUGACCACCCUGACCCGUCGAUUUUCACGGUCCUGACCGGGCCGUCUGAUCACGCCGGCACCGCGAUCGCCGAUUUCGUCAUCUUUCCUCCUCGGUGGCUCGUGGGCGAGAACACCUUCCGUCCGCCAUGGUACCACCGCAACGUCAUGUCCGAAUUCAUGGGCUUGAUCCACGGAGACUACGAUGCCAAAACCGGUGGCGACUUCCUCCCCGGUGGAGCGAGUCUGCACAACGUCUUUUCCGCGCACGGUCCAGACUCCGAUUCGUUCGAGACCAACAGCAAUAUCCCGUUGAAGCCGCAAAAAGUUGGCACUACAAGUCUGGCAUUCAUGUUCGAGAGUUCGCUCAUGCUGGGAGUUACUGAAUGGGGCCUCAAAACUUGCCAGAAACUACAGACAAGCUAUAACGAGCAUAGUUGGCGACCGUUGAAGCGUCAUUUCAAGAAUCCCAACAAGAGCAAGUGA